AUGAGAUACGCUGUAUUUGUAACAGGACCUGCUGGAGCCGGCAAGACUACCUUUUGCAAAAACGCCGUGCAGCAUUUGCAGACAGUCAAGCGCACUGUCCAUUGGGUUAAUCUGGAUCCUGCGGCGGAUCCAGAGACGUACGAGUUUGCACCAACGAUUGAUAUUCGGGAUCUCAUCAGUCUAGACGAUGUCAUGAGCGAAUUGGGUUUUGGUCCGAAUGGUGGAUUGGUCUACUGCUUUGAGUAUCUUUUACAAAACUUGGAUUGGCUCGACGAGGAACUAGGAGACUAUACUGAUGACUAUUUAAUCAUCGACUGCCCUGGCCAAAUAGAGCUAUAUACACAUCACCCAAUUCUUCCCACACUCGUUGCGCACUUUAAGCAGAUGGGUAUACGGACGUCGGCCGCAUAUUUCGUCGAGUCCCAGUUCAUGGAAGACAAAUACAAGUUCUUUAGUGGGGUACUUUCUGCAAUGUCGGCCAUGGUCAAUUUGGAGAUUCCCUGGAUCAAUGUCAUGUCAAAGAUGGAUCUCGUCAGCACACGGUCCAAAGAUCCAGCAAGUGGCCGGAACGGAUACCUCGACCCUGACCCACUUCUCAUUGCUCCUUCUGCGGUCGAAGAGGACGAGAAGCAACUCAAUAAGCGGUUUCAUUCCUUGAAUAGAGCGAUUGCGCAACUAAUAGAAGAGCACCCCCUCGUCUCGUUUUUGCCAUUGGACCUGACAGUGACGGAAUCAAUAGAACGAAUCAUAAGUCACAUCGACUACACGAUGCAAUAUGGGGAAGACGAAGAACCAAAAGAGCCAAAUGACAUGGACGAUGGAGACUUUUAA